AUGGACAAAGUAAUGACCGUCAUCCCGUCGCGAGUCCUGAAGAUUGGCAUAAUCAACGACGACCUUUCCCCGAUCUCCCAACUCCUUGGCAUACCCCUCCGAGCAAGUAAGAUCACCGGAGACACCAAAGGCAACGGCAACAAUCCUCUCACGUCGUUCAUGAUGCUCAUCACCGAUCUCGACGAUCCGAACUGGGGCAAGGUUCUGGCAGAGUGGGAUGGAGAAAUCGGCGAUGUCAUGUUUGUCCGAGACGACGGCAAGGAACUCGGAAGAGAUAUCGGGGAGUGGGCCCAGUUCGCCAUGUCAUGGGUCUACUACAUCUUCCGGAAGGCUCGCCGAAGCGGUACCCGGAAGGCCAAGCAGAGGGCAAUAAAACUGGUCACGCUGGAGAACGUCAAGGAGUCCGAGGGCACAUCGCCGCGCCAGUUCUCGUUCUAA